AUGUGGAAAAUACGUGAGCAAGGAGACUCUAUAGGAAGAAUAGUAACUGCUCACCCUGCUGAAGGUGACACCGGAAAAACAUUCUUGUAUCGUGCAUUGUUAGCAGAUGUAAGAUCAAAAGGAUUUACUGCAUUAGCAGCUGCUACAUCAGCCCCUAUGUCUAAAAGAGGAGCAAUUGAGGCAUUGGACGAUUUGCUGCAAGAUUUAAUGAGUUCAGAUGAAAUUUUUGGUGGAAAGGUAGUAGUUUUAGGCAGAGAUUUUAGGCAAACACUUCCAGUUGUAUGCAAUGGAAGUAAAUCUGAGACAGUAAAUGCAUAUUUCGUUAAUUUGUCCUUGUGGCCUCAUCUAGAAAAAUUUCAAUUAACUGACAACAUGCGAGCUAGGUUGGAUCAAUCAUUCACUCAGUUUCUUUUGAAAGCAGGAGAAGGUUUAGAAAAAUCAGAAAUUCAAGAUUCUAUUAAAAUUCCUCCUUCAAUUUUAAUUAAAUAUAAUAAUGAGACUGAUGCACUACAGGCAUUGAUGGAUGCUGUAUAUCCAGACUUGAAUCAACUGUCUCAAAAUGCAGAAUCAUCUUUAAAUAGAGCAAUACUAACUACAAAAAAAUCACUUUGUUGA